AUGGCCAUCAGCCCGCAAAUGGGGUUUAUGCAAAUCUCCAAGAAGAUCCCUUUCGAUGACCCGAAUGUCCUGAACGGCGUGCGCGCGCUCUACAUCGUGUCCAACAUCAUCAUCGCCGGCAUCUACUUCUACGUCCAGCAGCAAAUCAACAAGAAGAAUGACAUGACUGUCGUCAAGUACGUCGAGCCCGCCCCGAUGGGUUCCGGCGAAGAGCCCAAGUUCGUCGCGACCACGGUCAAGGCCUACGAUCUCCAGAAGCUCCGCGAGCUGUACAAGGCGCAACUGAUGGGUGUCGGCAUGAUGGCCGUCAUGCACAUCUACUUCAAGUACACCAACCCGCUCCUGAUCCAGUCCAUCAUCCCCCUCAAGGGCGCGUUCGAGGGCAACCUCGUCAAGGUCCACCUCCUGGGUCAGUCCGCAACCGGCGAGUUGGCACGACCAUGGAAGGCGGCUGGUGGCAUGAUGGGCGCCAUGUCGGGCGGCGAGAUCAAGACGGACAAGAAGAGCAUUGAGGCUGCCGAGCGCGCCGGCCGUGGUGGCGUCAAGGACGAGUAG